AGAGGCGAGGCGGGCCCGGGGCAGCAGUGAGAGACUAUAGAGAGAUGCCUUCCUCUCUGAUCACCUGAUGCCGUCUCGCAAUUCCUUCCUUCCCCUACUAGUACUUGUACCACUGCUUCUGCCGCUGCUUUGCUCUUCCCACCUCAAUCUCCCUCCCCUCUUCUGCUUCUCCUCUUUCCCAUCCCCACUUCGCAACCCUGGAUCCAAAUCCCAACCUAUCCCAAAACCGAAACCGAGGAGAGCAAAAGUUGCGCGCAAUUAUUAGCUAGCAAGCUAGGUUGAUAGCUCGCGGCGAGAUCAUGAAGCGCGAGUACCAAGACGGCGGCGGGAGCCGCGGCGGCGGAGAUAUGGGCUCCUCCAAGGACAAGAUGAUGGUGGCAGCGCCGGCGGAGGAGGAGGACAUGGACGAGCUGCUGGCCGCGCUCGGAUACAAGGUGAGGGCGUCCGACAUGGCGGAUGUGGCGCAGAAGCUGGAGCAGCUCGAGAUGGCCAUGGGGAUGGGCGGUGUGGGGGCCGGCGCGGCCCCGGACGACAGCUUCGUCGCGCACCUUGCGACGGACACCGUGCACUCCAACCCCUCUGACCUCUCCUCCUGGGUCGAGAGCAUGCUGUCCGAGCUCAACGCCCCGCCGCCGCCGCUCCCGCCGGCCCCGCAGGCUCCGAGGCUCUCUUCCAACUCGUCCACCGUCACGGGCGGUGGCGGCAGCGGCGGCGGGUACUUCGACGGCCUCCCGCCCUCGGUCGACUCUUCGAGCAGCACCUACGCUCUGAGGCCGAUCCCCUCUCCGGUUGUCACGCCGGCCGAACCGUCCGCGGACCCGGCGCGCGAGCCCAAGCGGAUGCGCACUGGCGGCGGCAGCACGUCGUCGUCUUCAUCAUCAUCGUCCUCCCUUGGCGGCGGGGGCACCAUGAGCUCCGUGGUGGAGGCUGCUCCGCCGGCGGCGCCAGCGUCCGCGGCGGCCAACGCGCCCGCGCUGCCCGUCGUGGUGGUCGACACGCAGGAGGCCGGGAUCCGGCUGGUCCACGCGCUGCUGGCGUGCGCGGAGGCCGUGCAGCAGGAGAACCUGUCGGCCGCCGAGGCGCUGGUGAAGCAGAUACCCUUGCUUGCCGCGUCCCAGGGCGGCGCCAUGCGCAAGGUCGCCGCCUACUUCGGCGAGGCCCUCGCCCGCCGCGUCUUCCGCUUCCGCCCGCAGCCAGACAGCUCCCUCCUCGACGCCGCCUUCGCUGACCUCCUCCACGCGCACUUCUACGAGUCAUGCCCCUACCUCAAGUUCGCCCACUUCACCGCCAACCAAGCCAUCCUCGAGGCGUUCGCCGGCUGCCGCCGCGUCCACGUCGUCGACUUCGGCAUCAAGCAGGGGAUGCAGUGGCCCGCCCUUCUCCAGGCCCUCGCCCUCCGUCCUGGCGGCCCUCCGUCGUUCCGCCUCACCGGCGUUGGACCCCCUCAGCCGGACGAGACCGACGCCUUGCAGCAGGUGGGUUGGAAGCUUGCCCAGUUCGCUCACACGAUCCGCGUCGACUUCCAGUACCGCGGCCUCGUCGCCGCCACGCUCGCCGACCUGGAGCCGUUCAUGCUGCAGCCGGAGGGAGAGGAGGACCCGAACGAAGAACCCGAGGUAAUCGCCGUCAACUCAGUCUUCGAGAUGCACCGGCUGCUCUCGCAGCCUGGCGCGCUCGAGAAGGUCCUGGGCACCGUGCGCGCCGUGCGGCCGAGGAUCGUGACCGUGGUGGAGCAGGAGGCUAACCACAACUCUGGCUCAUUCCUGGACCGAUUCACCGAGUCUCUGCACUACUACUCUACCAUGUUCGAUUCUCUCGAGGGAGCUGGUUCCGGCCAAUCCGAAAUCUCACCGGGGGCCGCUGCUGGUGCCACGGACCAGGUCAUGUCUGAGGUGUACCUCGGCCGGCAGAUCUGCAACGUCGUGGCGUGCGAGGGCCCGGAGCGCACGGAGCGCCAUGAGACGCUGGGGCAGUGGCGCGGUCGCCUUGGCCAGGCCGGGUUCGAGACAGUGCAUCUGGGCUCCAAUGCCUACAAGCAGGCGAGCACGCUUCUGGCCCUCUUCGCCGGCGGUGACGGGUACAAGGUGGAGGAGAAAGACGGCUGCCUGACACUUGGGUGGCACACUCGCCCGCUCAUCGCCACUUCGGCCUGGCGCAUGGCUGCGCCGUGAUCGUAAGUUUUGAACGCUGUAAGUACACAUCCCAAGCAUGGCGCACACCGGCUCCCCGGCGCCACUUGAAGCUAAAUGCCGAUGAGCGCUGAAUUGCAGCGACCAGCGAUCGGGCUACGGUUCUCGCCGGCGUGAAGAGAUGAACACUGGACUAAGACCAGACCGGCCCGUAAUUCGCCCCCGCUUCCUUGAUCCGUAAAACUCUUAGCCUAUUAUGUUUAAAAUGUCUAUUAUUGUUAUGUGCAAUUCCUCCAAUCUCAUAUUAAAUAAGGACGGACCGGAAUUCUUUAGCUCCAAUGAGAAUUUUGUAUACAAGGCCAUCUAAAACUGAGCUUUGUUCUGGUCUUGAUCAGUUAUGAACUUUAGAAUGCUGCUCAAGCGGAUCGUAUGAAGAUGAUUGUGUAGCCUCAUGUGUCUUGCUGCAAUGGUGUAUUUUGGUUGUGUGUUGAUACUU